UUUUCUGUUCAUGUCACCACAUAAAACUAUCAGAUGGUUUGAGGAAGGACAUGGACACAACUACUUAGCUUAUCUCCCACCCAGCAAAGGAGAAAUACUUUCCCCGUUCCCAUUCAACUGCAGCUCAGAAAAGGAGCUUAUUCUUGAUGCUAAGGAGAGGAUCAGAGUUUAUCCAAGAAGGGUUCAGGCUGGCUAGGAAUUGAAUUAAGACCUGAAAUACUAGAAAGUGCUAGUUCUUGUGGAUUUUGCUUUUGGACAGGAGCACACCUCUUUGUUAUUACUUUCCGGAUGCAGAGUGUCAACUUGUAACGAGAAAGUUGAAGAUUACCUGUGACCACACUGAAGAUGCCUCGACCAGGAAGAAACACUUACAGUGAUCAAAAACCCCCUUACUCCUACAUCUCAUUGACGGCUAUGGCAAUCCAAAGUUCCCAGGAGAAGAUGCUACCCCUGAGUGAAAUAUACAAAUUCAUCAUGGACAGAUUUCCUUACUACAGAGAGAACACUCAAAGAUGGCAGAACUCUCUGAGACAUAACUUGUCCUUCAAUGACUGUUUCAUCAAGAUCCCAAGGAGACCAGAUCAGCCUGGCAAGGGGAGUUUCUGGGCACUUCAUCCUAGUUGUGGUGAUAUGUUUGAAAACGGCAGUUUCCUAAGGCGUAGGAAGAGGUUCAAGGUAAUGAAAUCAGACCAUCUUGCCCCUACUAAGCCAUCCGAUGCAGCCCAGUACCUGCAGCAACAAGCAAAGCUUAGGCUUAGUGCUUUGGCUGCCUCUGGUACCCAUUUGCCACAGAUGUCAACAUAUAACCUGGGGGUCUCACAAACAUCCAGCUUUAAACAUCCCUUUGCUAUUGAGAAUAUAAUUGCCAGAGAAUAUAAAAUGCCAGGAGGACUUGCUUUUUCUACAAUGCCACCAAUGUCAGCUGCCUAUCCUCUUCACAACCAAUUGACUACAGUUGGAAGCUCCAUUGGCACUGGUUGGCCUCACAUGUACAGUUCCAGCAUGAUAGACACUACCACACCUAUAUCAAUGGCUAACAGUGAUUACAGUGUGAGUGCUUACGGAGUUCCCAUCAAGCCGCUUUGCCAUGGAGGACAGACUUUGCCUGCAAUUCCAGUUCCUAUCAAACCUACACCAGCAGGCAUGCCAACACUUCCAGCACUCCCAACACACAUCCCAGCAAUUUUGUCGAACUCUUCUCCAUCAUUGAGCCCAACAUCUCCCCAAACAGCAACCAGCCAAAGCAGCCCUGCAACACCUAGUGAAACUCUCACCAGCCCACCCACUACCCUACUUUCUGUGGCUGUGCACUAACUUGACAGGAUGUGCAACUUAAAUAAUUUCUCCAAAGUUUACUCACUUUACAUUUUUUGUCCUCUCAAAGAAAAAGACUCAUUCCAGCAAGGAGGUUAACAUUGUUUGUGAGCUUUGUUAGUUGUUCAACCGAUGUGAUAUUUUGUAUUUUUGUUCAUGACUUCACACACUUGAAAAUGUUUCUCUGCAUAGCAAUGUCAUUCUUAAAGACACUUUUGCACAUCUUUUCUUCAAUGUAUUUUGAAACUGAAGGGCAGGCAUUUUCAGUUAACAGAUAUUACAUGCACAUGUCUAUCUUACCCCUAUAAUAGGAAUGAAAGAUAGGAAGGAAUACAGGCAGACAUUUUAUGCAUCACAUAUCCAAUGAAUAUUAGCAAUCCACAUGACAGUAUUAUCCAGUCUUCUUUACUUAGAGACAUGGUGCAUGAUUGUUUUGGACACAUACAUGUAUAUGGACAGCUAUAAUAUGAAACAAUGCGUAUUGGUAUCAACCCAACGCUCACAAUAAACGUCAUCAUUAUAGACUUAAUCAUGUAACCUGGUGAGAAAAAACAAAUGUUUACACUGUUAAUGCCCUAAUGUACAUAUAGAACUUAGAAAGCAAACCAUUCACUGUACUUGUUGGCUGUCAAUUGUAAGUAUUACUCUCAAGGCACUGGAAAGUUAUCAGUUGAUGUCACUGAAUUAAAGAUUGCUUAUCUAUUUAUUUUCAAGGGUAGGGGUCAUAUCCCUAGUUAAGAUGGAAACACAAAUAUUUGGGGGGCCCUCCCAAAAGUCCAGAGAAAUAUUGUAUAUGUUUGUGAAUAUGAAUGAAUAUAAAAUGUGUCUAACGCACUUUUAUUUGACCCAUUUCUUUUGUUUAAACUUAGCAAAUUUGCUACAAAAAAAAAAAGUUAAAGAAAAAAAUCCACAAAAUGUUACUGUUGCUGUGUGGUGAAUUUAAGUUAACUAUGAAUGACCCUACUGUCAUCUUAAGCUGUAAAGAAAUGACCACUCAGUCUCCUUGUUGUACAGAAGGCAUGGCAUUUGCUUAUUGAUGUUAUUAUUCACAGCAUGUGUGUAUGUCAGACUACAAAAAUAAGUGUCACCGUUAAAUUAUGAACCUAGUCGUCCAAAUAAUAUUUUCUCAUUAAAAUGUUAAUUCAAAAUGAUGGUCUGUCGUUCUGUAUUAGUUGUAUACACUAAAUCAUGAUAAUUUUCUUUUCUAUGUGUAUGUGUGAGUGCGAGUAUGUGUCCAUGAGUGUCAUAGGUAAUUUUAGGCUAGUAUUUUUAUUUUGUCUAUGUUUAUACCUGAUAAAGUUGUUCACUUCAUCAACCUAACGAAACUUAACAUAUUUGUAUAUUCCAAAACUCAAGGGACAAUUAAACAGAUAGAUAAUGAGUGCAGUAUAACUAACUAGUAUCUUAACAGGUGUGUCUGGUAAACUCUUCUAAAUGGAUUUUAUAAG